AUGGACCCUUUAUUGAAGAGAAAAUUAGUGAGUCUGUAUGGUUUAUUUGGGCAAGUGACGACUGCCCGCCAGGUGUUCGAUAGAAUUCCUGACCCGGAUAUUAUUUCAUGUAAAGUGAUGAUAAGGUAUUUUAUGAAUAAUUUGUACGGAGAGAUAAUUGAAUUCUACAAGCUUAUGCAAAGGAGAUUUUUUGUUUUUGAUAACAUUGUGUUCUCAAUUGUGUUGAAGACGUGUAGUGAGCUGAGGGAUUUCGGUGUAGGGAGGAAGCUACAUUGUUAUAUAGUUCAAAUAGGGAAAACCGAUAGCUUUGUGUUGACUGGGCUUGUUGACAUAUAUGCAAAGUGUGGAGAAGUUGACUCUCCUCGUAGGGUUUUUUAUAGGAUUUGGGACAGGAAUGUGGUAUGUUGGACAUCAAUGAUUGUAGGCUAUGUGCAGAAUAAUUGCUUAAGAGAAGGGCUACUACUGUUUAACCGAAUUGUGGUCGAAGGAAAUGAUUACACUUUAGGGAUUAUAGUGACAGCAUGUGCAAAACUAGGCACAUUGCACCAAGACAAGUGGGUGUAUGGAAAUGUGAUAAAAAAUGGGAUCUUGGUAACUUCCUACUUAUUUACUUCUCUUCUUGAUAUGUAUGUCAAAUGUGGGGCAGUUGAGGAUGCUCGUAUGAUCUUUGAUGAGGUUCGUGUCAUUGACGUUUUUUCGUGGACACCAAUGAUCAUGGGAUAUGCUCAAAAUGGGGCUGCUGAGAAAGCCCUGCAUUUGUUCACUGACAAGAAAUGGGGAAAUUUUCGUCCAAAUUUAGUUACCUUAGCAAGCGUGCUCUCAGCUUGUGCGCAGUCGGGCAGUCUCAUGUUGGGUUCAUUUGUUCAUAGUUUAGGGAUUAAACUAGGGCAUGAUGAUUUUUAUGUCAUGAAUGCUCUAGUUAACAUGUAUGCAAAGUAUCGUAGGAUAAGGGAGGCCAUUCGUCUGUUUGAUUCUAUGGUAGAGAAGGACUUCGUCUCUUGGAACUCAAUCAUUAGUGUAUCUUACAACGGGUACUUGUACGAAGCACUGAAGUUGUACAAUCAGAUGAGAUCAGACUGCUUUAGGCCUGAUCCAGAUACUAUGGUGGCAGUCCUAUACACUUCUGCUAGCCUUGGAGAUAUCCGGUUUGGCUCUUGCGUUCAUGCCUACUCUAUAUGAGAAGGCUUCUUGGCAUUCAACUGCAUCUAUGUUGGCACUGCGCUUCUAAAUCUGUACGCCAAAAUGGGUGAUGUAGAGUCUUCUCGCGCUGUCUUUGAUGAGAUGCCUGAGAGGAACAUAUUCACGUGGAGCACCAUGAUUGACAGGUAUGGAAAACAGGGCAACUUGAGCAAGUGCCUCGAGCUUUUCAACGACAUGGUUAAGGAGAAUGUUGAUCCAACUAAUAUAAUAUUCACAACAGUAUUGUCUGUUUGCAGCCAUACUAGGAUGACCAUUGAGGGCUGGAGAUAUUUUGAUCUAAUGUGUCACGUAUACAACUUUAUCCCCUCCAUGAGACACUAUGUGUGCAUGGUGGAUUUAUUAGCCCGAUUUAGGAGCCUCGAGGAAGCUUGAAAGUUCAUUAAGGAAAUGUCGGUGCCCCCUGAUUGCACGAUUUUUGGAUCUCUUCUUCACGGAUGCAGCAUCCAUUCUAGGUUCGAUCUUGGGGACUUGGCUGUGAGAAAGAUGGUGGAGCUUCAUCCAGAAGAGGUGGGGCAUUAUACGCUUAUGGCUAACAUAGACACUUCUAUAGGGAUAUGGGAUCAGGCGAAUCAAUAUAGAGCUAUGAUGAAGAGAAGAGGGUUGAGGAAGGAGGUUGGAUUUGCUCAUAUAGGCUCAAAUGGCAACCUAAAAUAUCAGAAGGUGGCGUAG